AUGCUUCUUCAGUUCUGCCUGUUGAUGUUGCUCUUCCUAUCUACAUGGUCACCAACUGGACAUGCUGAAAACAGUAGCCCUCCAGAAGAAGUGAUACUCUUGAGGGUCACUGAUAGUAGAAAACAUACUUCCCCAGGCUGGCUGUCCUAUAGCCUGCAAUUUGGUGGAGAAAGACACAUUAUUACCAUAAAGCCCAAGAAAAACUUGAUAUCCAGAAACUUCUUAUUACUCACUUAUAGUGACCAAGGUGAUCUCCUUGAAGAACAACCUUUUGUGCAGAAUGACUGCUACUACUAUGGCUAUGUGGAUGAAGACCCAGAAUCCCUGGUCAUCGUUAACACCUGUUUUGGGAGUUUGCAAGGCAUACUAGAGAUAAAUGGCACAACUUAUGAGAUCAUGCCCAAGAGCUCAACUUCAACAUUUGAACAUCUGGCUUACAAAAUGGACAGUGAGGAGUCAGAAUCAAUUCGCAUGAGAUGCGGGUUAAACGAAGAGGAAAUGGCACGACAAAUGAAGCUUCGAAAAAUCAAUGAUUCUAUACUUUUGCAAAACUCAUAUGAGAAUUGGUGGACCCACCACAGGUUUAUUGAAUAUUUUGUUGUAAUAGAUCGUAACCAGUAUGUUUAUAGAAAUGGCAAUAUCACAGCUUGUAUUCAAGAUAUAUUGCAAAUAGUCAAUGGGCUAAAUGGUUAUUAUCUUCAAAUAGAUACUGACAUAGUUUUAACCACUCUUUCAUUCUGGAAUGAGAAGAACCAUGUCAACAUAGAACAAAACAUACAUAAUGUCUUAAGUAAUUUCUGCAUUUGGAAGCAAAAAAACAUAGGCAAUCGCAUUAGACAUGAUAUCAUACACCUUUUUGUCAGACACAGAUAUGGUAAAAAUUUAGCAUUAGCUCAUGUAGGUACAGUUUGUACACCUAAUAAUUGUGCAGUUAAUAGUUUCAUCUCUGAUUCAAUGUCAGAAAUGGCAUUUAUUAUAGCGCAUGAGAUGGGUCACAACUUGGGUAUGCUGCAUGAUCUAAGUGGAUGUACUUGUAGGAGAAAAAGCUGCAUAAUGGCCCCAUAUAAAUCAAAUUCACCAAAAUUCAGCAACUGUAGUUAUGAAGAAAUGCUUUCAGUUGUUACCAGAAGAAAUUGUUUAUAUAAUACUCCAGAUACACUAGUAACAACACUUGUGGCCAUUUGUGGGAAUAACUUGGUUGAGGAAGGAGAGCAGUGUGAUUGUGGGAGCUCUAAAUCCUGUUCAAAAGAUCCAUGCUGUAGCGAGGGCUGUGUCCUCAAACCUGGUGCUCAAUGUGCUUUUGGGCUUUGUUGCCAAGAUUGCCAGUUCCUUCAAACAGGCACCAUGUGUAGAAAAGAGAAAAAUGAGUGUGACCUUCCAGAGUGGUGCAAUGGAACUUCAGCUGAGUGUCCAGAAGAUGUGUAUAAAGAAGACGGAAGCCCUUGCUCUGGGGGUUAUUGCUAUAAAAUGGCAUGUCCUGAACGUGAGGCACAGUGUAAGAAUAUUUUUGGCAAUGGAAGUAGAAGUGCAAAUGAAAUGUGCUACUAUGAAAUGAACACAAGAGGUGACCGUUUCGGUAACUGUGGUAACCGUAGCUCUAGCUACAUAAGAUGCACUAUGGUGAAUGUACUCUGUGGAAGAAUUCAGUGUGAGAAUGUGACAGAACUUCCUCAAAGGAGAAACCAUGAAACACUGCAUUGGACUCACUUCAAAAAUUUCACCUGCUGGACUAUGGACUAUCAUUUUGGUAGUACCUUACAGGACAGUGGAGCAGUGCAAGAUGGCACACCUUGUGCUCCAGACUAUUUAUGUGUUGAUAGAAAGUGUGUCAGCAAGUCUGUUCUGGUAAGUAACUGUUCAGAAAUCCUAUGCAAUAUGCAAGGUGUCUGCAACAAUAAACACCACUGCCAUUGUAAUGACACAUGGGAACCCCCAGACUGUCGACUACCUGGCUUUGGAGGUAGUAUAGACAGUGGACCAUCUCCUGGGCACUUAGGUGGUAAGAAGGAGACUGGUAAAGUUAGCAUCAUCCUCAAAAGAAAAAGCAGUAGAAAAAACGGAACCUGA